UGAUUACCUGUGGAGGUGGUCAAUGUGGCCACAUCCUCCACACAUUUGGUACAAGUGCCAAGGCCCAACGAGUGACGUAAGGCGUGAAAGUGUGCAACCGCUCGGGCUACGGCAGUGGCAAAUCGGCGCGUACGCAUCACAGACGACAACCGCGCGGAUUCGCAACAUGGCUAUCCUAAAAGUGGUGACGGUGCUCCUGCUGGUCGAGGUGUGUGUCUCUGCACCUGCAGACGAUCCGAUUCGCAUUGACCUGCCGGUUUACGACCAGCCUCAAGCUGGUUCUGAUGUAUUACAAUCUCAACCUCUGGACCCUGAAAACUAUCCUGGAGGCGAAAAGAAUAAUGGAGGGAAUUUCGUUACAUACAAAGUACAGGCUGCACAGAAUCUUUUGGAAAACACGUUAAACGCAAAGGCUAAUGUUCAUCAGGGUGGACUAUUCGCAGCACCUGUAUCCACCUUGGAAACUGCCAUACAGGAAUCAGAAGGCUUCGGCAGCAAGAAAUUAUCAAUAAAGGAAAAUAUUCAAGGUGCCGUGGCUGGAAUAUUUCAGCCGCAGCCUAUAGUGGAUACUAUAAGGGAGGAAGAAAAGUAUGGAAAUUCAGGAGACAAAUUCUAUAGCGCCGGGAAGGCCAUAGUUGGAGGCGCCGAGGGACUCUCGAACUUCGUUAACUCGGUUCUGGAGGUACCAAGUACAGUUUUCAAGCAGAUUGCAAGAGUCGCCACAGAGAAGCUAAAUAAUCUAGGAGGGAAACUUAUAGGUUUAUAAACAAUACAAUAGCGCAUAAGUAAUUGUAGAGGCUAUUUUGUGCUGUAAUGAACAUAUUCGCAAUUUGCGUAAAAUCAUUUAAGUACGCAAUGUUCAACGUACAUUUAAAAAAAAAAUACAAUAGGUACAUCGUAAUUGCAGACCUGCUAUGUAUAGAAUCUAAACUGUGUAACAGGAUCGAAAUAUAUGGACAUAUAUCUUUUGUAAAAAAAGACGCGUAAAAAUACGUGUCUGUAAAGUCUAACAAAACGCUCUAAUUUCACUUAACCAGUAUAGAAGAUACCAAUAUACCUCAGACCAUCGUUUCCUUCUCAGAGUAAGUUUUAAUUCGGUUCUGAUUCAAUACAUAUGAUGAAAUAGUUAAGUACGGCGCACAGCGUCUGUUUGGGGGGGGAGGCAGCCGCUGUUUGAUAUAUGUACUGUAGUUAUUGAUGAAUUUCACGGUGUGCCAGGGUGUGGUGUAUGAGAGAUGCAGAGAGGUAAAGGGAGGUCUGAACUGCGGGACGGAUGCGGGGUCCGAGGUACCGAAUACAUCACGAAAUGCAGUGCGCGCGCUUCAAGCUCUAGAAGCUUCUAACAGAAAAUCGAUUGAGCCCUGUGCCCGGUGCGUUUCCUCACUGCUAUAAAUAAUAUUCAUUUUUGUAUUCGACAUUUUAUUACGAGAUGAAAAUACUAGAUAUUAUGUACCCUAUUAUGAAUAUAAACUAGUAUAUAGGUGCAAUGCAAGUCCGUAAUCAAUAAUAAGGGUUUCAAAUGUUUCAUUUACCUUUAACUUAACGAACAAGGAACUAACCUAUAUAGGUUACUUUAUUAGGUACCUCAUAUUAUUGUUGUCUAUACUUUUUUACGUCUUUCUACCUGUUACAGACCUGUUCUUUCUACUCAGAGUUCUAAAACUGGACUAUAGUUCAUAAAAAACAGGACGUAUAUAAUUAUAGCCAUUAUAGGUUAUUAUAAAACAUAUCACUCCAGUUCGCUUAAUGACUGUAGAUAUAUGGAACAAAGAACAAAGCAUUCUGUUACUAUAAAUUUAAUUAUAAAACUAAUCACUAUCGUUACAUAGUAAUGAUUGAAUUGGUGAAAUAAAACUAGUCUAUCUAUACAGAAAUCUUAAGUCAGUCUAAAAUUAUUGAAAUAGCGUGAACCAUUUAAAUAAAAUACAGUAGACUCUCGUAUGACUGCACCUGAGCAACCGGCUCCUAGUAUCGUGCAGCGGGUUCGAUUUCCGCACGGAGCAACCCCUUUGUAUGACCCACAAAUUGUUGCGCCUGGGUGUCAUGUGUCCACGGUCACGAACCCACGACACUGAAGAAAAUAUUAAAACGGGAUUUUUAUCGGUGUUAAGCUAAUAUUAUGUAUGUUAAGAUAUAUCUAAGAGACAAACUUAAAGUGCAAAGAAAUAAUAAACGUGUUCAUAGAUAGGAUUAUGCAUAAGUUGACAAAACAUUGUAAUAUACGUUGUACUACAAUUUUAAUUUUAGAUGUAACGGUUUUAAUAUAACAUUUUUGUAAAUAUAUUUUCAAACUGAA